UAUAUAUUACUACUAAUUAUGGAUAACAACAAUAACAAUAACAAUGAAGACUUGGCAAUCAUUGUCAAUGAUGUUCAUAGAGGUUAUGGCAACACAAAGGUCAUCACUGGUAUGAACCUAUGUGUCAAACGAGGUUCAAUCAAUGGUCUAAUCGGUCCAUCUGGUUGUGGUAAGACUACAUUGCUCAAGAUUAUACUUGGCAGAUUGAUACCAGACUCUGGAAAGGUGUUUGUGUUUGGAUCACAGCCACAUACUAGGGGUCAUAAUGUACCUGGAUCGGACAUUGGAUAUGCCCCACAAGAGACUGCACUGUAUGAUGACUUGUCGAUCGGUGAGACAUUCAACUUCCAUCAAGCAGUGCAUGGUAUGUCAAAGGAAUCAUUCCAGGAGCGAAAGACAUGGUUGUGUUCCUUCCUCGAGUUGCCACGCGACUCUCGUAUCGUUGGCACACUGUCUGGUGGCCAGAAGAGAAGAGUAUCUCUGGCUGUGGCCCUGCUGCACAAUCCCAAACUGCUGAUUCUCGAUGAGCCAACUGUUGGUGUGGACCCAUUGCUGCGAUCAAGAAUCUGGCAACAUCUUCGUGAGAUUGCCAAGGUUGGUGUCACUGUCAUUGUCACCACGCACUACAUCGAGGAGGCCAGGAUGGCCGACAGGGUCAGCAUGAUGCGCUACGGUAAGAUCCUUGCGCAGGGCGUGCCUGACCGCCUCAUCACCAAGUAUGCCUGUGACAACUUGGAGGAGGUGUUCCUGAAGCUUUGUCUCUCGGGCGAUCAGCAUCUUGACAAUGAUCCCGAUGGAGGCAACAGUGAAGAUGGAGUGAUCAACACUCCGGCGGCCGCCCAAGAGGACGAGGAGGCUGUUCCCGAUGUCUAUCAAUCAAAAGUGGACGCGGCUAAACUCUACUAUGCAAGCGACUCAAACAUUGAGAACACACCACUACUCUCACAAGCUGGCAACAAUGGAAACAUGACUACCUCUGUUGCUGGUCUUCAAGGAACAGUGAGCUUCAAGAGAAGAUUCCAACAAGUCUUUGCCAUCGCAAGGAGAAAGAUAACUCAAAUCUACAGGAACAAGGUGGUCUUGUUCUUUGAAGUGUUGACACCUGCCAUCCAAAUCUUCUUGUUCUUCAUUGCCAUUGGAGCUACACCAAAGAACUUGUCAUUUGGCAUUGUGAAUAAGGAUGUUGGUAUCGGACCACCAUUCAACAUCAACAUUGGAGAUGACAUCAUUCAACAACUUGGCAAAUCCGGUGUCUUUGACUUCCACUACUUCAACACAACUCAACAAGCAUUGGACCAAAUCAAGAAUGGCAAUAGUUGGGGAGCAUUAUAUAUACCAGAGAACUUUACAAUGGCACUUCCACAGAGAUUUGAGAACCUUACCAAUCCAUAUUGGGUCAAUCAAUCAAACGUUGACCUAUAUCUCGACUUUACCAGUUAUCAAAUCACCUUGAUCAUUGAGCAACAGAUAUCCGUAGCCUUUGAGAAAGACAUUGCCAAUAGCUUCAAUAUAUCAAUCAAUCCAGUACAGGUACAGCCGCCAAUCUAUGGAAAGACAUCGACUACAUUCCUCAGUUUCCUUGCACCUGGAAUGAUUGCGUUGAUCACAUUUGCUCAUGCCAUUGGUAUCUCAUCAGUGUCAUUCGUGAGAGAGAAGAUAGAUGGCUCUCUGGAUCGUCUGUUCGCCGUUGGUGUCAAUGUCCCCGUGUGUCUCGCCGGAUCAUUCUGUGCACACAUCCUCCUCUUGCUCAUUCAAACCACAUUGCUCAUGCUGAUCACAGUGUUUGGAUUCAAGAUUAGUAUCGAAGGCGAUGUAGCCCUAGUCAUCUUAAUGCUCAUCCUGUUGGGCAUUGUCGGUAUGAACAUGGGACUGGUGAUAUCAUCCGUCGCCGUCAUUGAAACCGAGGCAAUCCAACUAAGCCUUGCGUCAUUCUUCCCAAGUUUGCUGCUGUCCGGUGUGAUGUGGCCAGUGCAAGCGAUUCCCCCAUGGUUCUCCUGGAUCAGUUACGCCCUGCCCACGACAUGGGCUGCAGAGGCUCUGCGUGAUAUCAUGAUCCGAGGCGCUGGUAUGUCUUUCCGCAAAGUGUGGCAGGCAUAUCUGAUCGUUACCGCCUGGGCCGUCUUCCUUCUGAUCGUUGCAUCAUUCAAACUUAAGGACCGCGAGUCCAACUUCUCCCUUGUGAGAUACAUCAAGUCACGCUUCCAGAAGAACAAGUCAACCAUCGCUAGC